AUAAGCAAGGUAUCCGACGGACCAAUAUAGUAGUUGCUACUUCCAGCAGACUGAUGCAAGAGCCAGCUCUAGACGUGCGCUCCCCGUUAUUGUUCAGUGUUGUGCGUUCAUGCGAAUAAAUACCACAACAUAAUUAAUAACUUGUCAAAUACUGCCACCUGAUCUGUCAUGACUCUAAAUGAUGUUAUUAUGGAUAUCACUGCCUGAUAAGCACUAUUAAAGAGAAGUUUGAAGAGGAUUUACUUCUCCCUUGCCUGAUUCUCUAACCGGAAUCAAUGCCCAUAUUUGUCCGCCAGUAGAACUGAAAUUUUAACAAGGUUGACAGAGGUGCUACCCCGCAACAGAGAGCCUGAGCCCGCUGCGACUGAGCCACUACCAUCCACUGACCAAGUGCGUGAGCAGGCCACAGCGUCCGUCGUCGAGGAAGUAUUGGUGGUGCUCAAGGAUUUGGAGGGAAGCCCCGCCCACACUCCUAUGACUGGGGGUGAGCUGCAACUGAUCUCUGGGAGAUAUGAAGAGGAACUGAAGGACAUUUUUCAGACAGACCUUAUUGACUGGUGGGGAGAAGUACAAGCCUGUGUCCCUGGUUCCGUCCAGCCCUGCAUCUCCUGUCUCCACUGGUCCCGUCCAGCCCUGAACCUCCUGUGUUCCCUCCCAGCCUCCCUCUCCCGCCUCCUCCCAAACCAGCCAGUGCCUCGCCUCCAACACCGCUGAUGACUGUCAGUCCCUCAGCUCCCCCUCAGUCAGCGCCUGCCAUGCGCUCUACUCUGCCGCCUCAGGACACCCAGUCUCCAGCUCCGCUCAGAUGUGCGGAUCCCCUAUCUCCACUCCCAGUCGCCGAGCCCUCGACUACACCUCGGCUCCUAGCUCCCUCGUCUCCACCGUUGCCUGUCGCUCCACUGGGCUCCCUCAUCUCUCCGGCUCCGCCUUGGUCAGUCGUCGACCAUCCGCCGCCUCGGGACUCCACUCCUCUGGCUUUGCCUCGUCACUCAAUCCCUCUGGCUCUGUCAGGCUCCUCCUUCCCUCCGGCUCCACCUACAUCCUCAGUCGCACCGGCUCCACCGCGGUCUUCCGGAUCCCCGCCUCCGCCUCAGUCACCUGAGCCUUCAGCUCCGCCUUGGCCCUCCGGAUCCUCAGUUCCACCCCGGCUCUCCGUCUGCCCCGUUCCACCUGGGUCUCCUUCUCCAGCAGCGCAGUCUCCAUCAGUCGGCCUCCUGGUGUCGUUGGCCCAAUCUACACCAAGGCUCCUCCCACCGUCGACUCCGCCGUGGGCCGCCAUCCUGGCUGGCCUCUGGAUAACCACCUGGCUACUCCUGCUUCAGGCUCCUCCCACCCUCCACUCCCCCUUGGACUGACUUUUGGUUUUGCCCCUUUCCCAUUGCCUGCCCUCCUCUUGCUCCACGCCCACCUCCAGAACCCCCACCCUCCCACCUCUGUUGGACUGUUUUUGACGGUGCGGGGACGUGCCGUUCCGGGAGGGGGCGUUAUGUCACAUGUUGACCUAGUUUCUUCUGUUCCCCUAUUGUUUAAUUAGAUCCUCACCUGUUUCUGUUUCCCCUAGAUUACGUUUAGUACUUAAAGCCUGUGUUCUCCCAUCAUUCUUUGUCUGCUAUUGAGUUUGCUUUGUGUUUUGCUCCUUGCUCCUGGAAUUCUACUGUGGAUUAUUAAUAAAAGACUUUCAUUUGUUAUAUUCAUCGUUGUGCGCCUCUUUAGCAUACACAAACGUUACAACAGUAAUGUGGUACUUUACAUAAAACAUUAUGUAACUUAAGUUUUACUAGUGGUAACACAAUGUGACGUUAAUUUUAAAAUGACCUUUUAUCAGCACAUUAACAAACUUCCACCCACACAGCCAGACAUAAGUUCAUUAGCUUAUAGCAAAUACAAUUCCAAAGGCAAGAAAAUUAAAGUGUAUGAAUGAUAAUAAAAAAAAAAGAAUUACUAUUAGAUACUGAUCUUAUGUUUAUACUGAGCACUUGAUAUGCAUUUAUAAAAUAUCAAGGAAAUGCAACAUAGUAUGUGCCCGUACUUUGUUCUCUCACCCUAUGUUCAUAAACUCAGCAUUUUCCAUUUCAUUUUCCCCAGCCCAUUUUUCUUGUUUUUUUCUAGGUGCACCGUUGCAGUGAGACACAUGGUUCAUUUACAAGUAUAAUGUCCCAGUCAACAAUGAGAUUUUGAGUCAAGCGUCUAGAAUGUUUGUGGAUGCUUAAAUUCAAGACAAAAUCCAUAAAAAAUCAUUUAAAAAAAAAAGCUGCUGAUGGGGCAGGAUGCUACCAGACCCUCUGUCAGGAAUUUGAACACAGUCCCGGAAGGGUAUAAGCCCUCCAGACGCCCCAGGUGUGUGUGUGUGAGAUCUCUUUGUGUCUGAUUAGGUCUGUACGUGUGUGUGAAAGAGAGCGAGGGAUUUCUUUGUGUCUGAUU